UUCAAUUUCCAUAGCUGUAAUUCUCAAUUCCCAAAUUGAAAUCCCUAAACUCUCUCGAGUCUCGUCUCUCCUCUCCGUCAGUCACUUCGUCCGUCUCCAAUCUCGUCUCUCGACUUCCUUCUCCUCGUCAUCGUCGCAAACUGCAACAUCUCAUUUUUCUUUAGAUGUGCCAUUCUUGUAACAAUCUGAAAGGGUCUCAUCUUCGACUAAAGAGAAAGCAUGCUUCUUAAUGGUAGAACCUGAACUCUGAAUUGGGAUUGCUGUGCUCGGUGUCUACUUUCACUGCAUAAAGAAAUUAACUCCAAUUUGUAUGCAUGAAAUAAAGAGCUAGGAAUGCUACUUGGAGAAAAUGAUCACUCUCCGGAAGUUGAACAUUGGGAUAACAGCUUCCCCUUAUUCAUUGCUUCGGUUGUUUGCUGUCAAUGGUGAUUAUAGAGUUUUCAGACACGCAAUUCAGUCUGAUUGGAGUAGCGAGAAUGUCAAUCAUCUAGUUGGCUUCUUUUGGGGAAACAUAGAGAUUCAGAGAGGAGUCGACCGCACUGCAUUUUCUCAGACUGCUCCACUUUCUCAGACUGCUCCAUUUUCUACAGUUGCUGGGACAAUCCUUGUCCAGGCUCAAGACCUUGGUAAAAUGUCUGAGGAGUUAGAAAAUGUUAUUGAUGAAGAUAAACUUGACGAUGCAUGGGCUUUGUAUGAGCGGCACAUUCAAAUGGAAUGGUUUCCUAGGAAGGCAAUCGUUAAUAAACUUGUAGCAGCUAGUGCUGAAAGCUCAGAUCUUGGACAGCUGGAGAGGGCUUAUGGCUUGGUUGAACAAGCAUUUGAGGAGAACAAGCAUGACUUACUUGAGAGGAAUACUCUUAUGUUUCUCUCUUUAGCUUUUGCCAAAUGUGGAUCACCUAUUACCGCAUCUACUCUUUUAAGGAAGCUUGUGGAAACAGAGCAGUAUCCACCUGUGAGUGCUUGGUCUGCAAUCCUGGCUUAUAUGUCACAAACCUCUACUGGAGCCUACCUUGCUGUUGAAUUGGUCCUUGAAAUAGGUUACUUAUUCCAGGAUGGAAGAGUUGAUCCCCGUAAAAAGAGCAACGAAUCUCUGCUUUCCAUGAAGCCUAAUGCUACUUGUUUCAACAUUGCUUUAGCUGGAUGUCUUCUGUUUGGAACCACUAGAAAAGCAGAGCAGCUCCUCGACAUGAUGCCUCGAAUCAACUUGAAAGCUGAUGCUACUUUACUAAUCUUGAUGGUUCAUAUUUAUGAGAAAAAUGGACGAAGGGAGGAGCUCAAGAAGCUUAAGAGAGACAUGGAAGAGGCCCCUCAUGUGACGGAGAUGCAGUUUCGUCAGUUCUAUAAUUGUUUGCUUUCAUGCUUUCUGAAAUUUGGUGAUCUUGAAUCUACAUCCCACAUGGUUCUAGAAAUGCUUCGCAAGGCAGAGAAAGCUAAAAAUUCUCUUGGUGUAGCUAGUUUGCUGCUAGAGACUUCUAGAAGUGGCGAUACAUUGAGUUCAAAUGUUCUCCUCGAGGAUGCACAUCAUCGAAAGCCAGAUGGAUCAGAAAACUUGGUAUCAUACGAAGAUCUCUGUAGGGACAGAAUGUUUUCAAAACUACAGACCAUUGCUAAAAACUUACUUGAUGUCUUGGUAAUUAAGUUGCAGAAGCAAAUUGAAUUUAUUACAACUGAACAUGGUAUUCUCCAGCCUACUGAGAAAUUAUAUGUUAAAUUGGUAAAGGCUUUCUUAGAAGCUGGGAGAACAAAAGAUCUUGCGGAAUUUCUAAUUAAGGCAGAGAAAGAAGAUUCUCCAGUUUCAGUUGAUGAUUCUGCCUUGGUUCACGUGAUAAACUCUUGUAUUUCACUUGGAUGGUUAGAUCAGGCACACGACCUUCUGGAUGAAAUGCGAUUGGCUGGCGUUAGAACUGGUUCUUCUGUUUAUACGUCUCUUUUGAAAGCUUACUGUAAAGAGAAUCGAGCGGGGGAAGUUGCAUCGCUGCUUAGAGAUGCUCGUAAAGCUGGGAUUCAGAUAGAUGCAAGCUGUUAUGAAGUAUUGAUCCAGUCCAGGGUGAUACAAAAGGACUCUCAAGGGGCCCUUGACCUGUUCAAGGAGAUGAAAGAGGCUAAGAUACCAAGAGCUGGUCAUCAAGAAUUUGAGAAAUUGGUGAAAGGGUCUGCAGAAGGAGGUGAAGCUAGUUUAAUGGUGACGCUUUUGCAUGAAAUCAAGGAAGGGCAAAAAGUAGAUUAUGGAGUUCAUGAUUGGAAUAAUGUAAUUCACUUUUUCUGCAAAAAGAGGUUGAUGCAAGAUGCUGAAAAGGCUUUUAAGAAGAUGAGGAGUUUAGGCCAUGCUCCCAAUGCACAAACUUUUCAUUCUCUGAUCACAGGUUAUGCCGCUAUUGGUGGAAAAUAUGUCGAGGUGACGGAACUAUGGGGUGAAAUGAAGCCUCUUGCUUUUUCUAGUGGAAUGAAGCCUCUUGCUUUUUCUAGUGGAAUGAAGUUUGAUCAGGAACUGUUAGAUGCUGUGCUUUAUACAUUUGUUAGAGGUGGUUUUUUUGUUCGAGCAAUUGAAGUUGUAGAGAUGAUGGAGAAAGGUAAUAUGUUUAUUGACAAGUAUAAAUAUCGCACCCUCUUCUUAAAAUACCACAAAACACUCUACAAGGGGAAGGCUCCAAAAUUCCAGUCAGAAUCCCAGAUGAAAAAGAGAGAGGCAGCAUUAAACUUUAAGAGAUGGGCUGGGUUACGCUGAAGAUUCAUUGUCUGUAGCCUCAACUAUAUUAUCCUUCAAUACUGGAACUUGUUGCUCUGAUAGUGCCUAAAUGGGUUGACAGCGAAAUGAAUGGACCUCCAUGUUGAUCCAAAUGUUCCCGGUCCAUCACUUGAUGCUAGCAGACCAAGACAUAUCUGUGGAUUUCGUUCUUAUUAAUUUCUGAUCAUUCAGUUCCUUAUCAUCAUAAAUGCCUUGCAAAAUAAGUUUAUUGGUGAGAUGCAUCAUACUUUCUCUGUGCCUGCUUUUAAGGAAACAUAUUAAUAAUGGCUGAUUUUGAAGGUCAGUCUCCAUUGCUUGUAGUACUGCUUUGUCCUCAACAUGGUUUCCAUUAUGAGUAAAGUCGUUCCUGAAGAUCAUCUGUUUAUUUUGUGCUCUGGAAUGAUUUUGAGAGGUUCAGAGUGAAGCAUUUAUUUUGCUUUACAAUAAGAAAUUCAUCCAUUUAAUGUAUGGAUGCAUUAAUCUUCUAUUGAAUGGUUUAACACCUUAGGUGCCUGCAUUAUUCAACAUCCAAGAGAAGGGUUUAGUUUCUGCCAAAGCGGUGUAUCAAAUUGCACUGCGAAAGGCCUGCUACUCAUCAAGACUCCUUUAAGGGAACCUUCAACAUAUGCGCAAAAUUGAUAAUUCUGUAAGCACUAAUACUGAAAGCUUAUUUCUUCUGGGGUCGAUGGUGCUGAGUCACUUCUUUGUCAUUCCUUAAGUCAAAGAUGAGAAAUUGUUGCAAAAAAUGGAAGAAAGAGCUGCCUUGGCUAAGACAACUCACUGAAUCAUGAGGGUUUCCUGCAAUAUGUCUAGUAGAUCUCUCACUGGACUUGAGCACUCUUGGCCUUGUUCUUCGGUAAGACGGUUCGAAACAUAAUGGCAUUGAGAAGCUAUUGUGAGAAUAAGUGGUUAAAAAUCAAACUGGAAUUUGAUUUCUCCUAAAAAGGGCAGCCCGGUGCACUAAAGCUUCCGCUAUGCAUAGGGUUCGGGGAAGGGCCUGACCACAAGAGUCUAUUGUACGCAGCCUUACCUUGCAUUUCUGCUAGAGGCUGAUUCCAAGACUUGAACCCGUGACUUCCUUGUCAAAUGACAGCAACUUUACCAGUUACUCCAAGGAUCCCCUUCUCCUGCACAUCUCCUAAUUGAUGUGUAAUAUGUGUGCACUAUUCUAGCUUAGAUGGAUUGUGUAGCCUAGUUAAAUUUUUCCUCCCACACAUGUUAUAUAAGGAUUAGUUUGCUAUUUAAUUGUUGUUUUUUUGAGUUUGGUAUGGACUACGAAGGUGGUGGAUUUUUGUGAUGUAUUAAUUUUAUAACUUUGUCAUUUUUAGUAAAUGUGAUUGUUC